UCCAAAACGCAGACUGAUGAUCCAGCUGCUGAACGCUGACAUGGAUACAACUGCGCCUUUCCACUGAAACGGGACGCAUUCCAGCGUCAACUGUGACACCGUGGGGACGCAAACGGCGACGGGGAAAAAACUUUUCCUUUCCUCCAACGACUGGACCCAUGUAAACUCGCCAUGUCCAAGACUCUGAGGAAGAGGAAGAACCACUGGACCAACAAAGUCCACGAGAGUAUCCUUUGCAGGAAUGAGGAGGGGGAGCUGGGGCUGGAGCUGAAGGGCGGCGCGGAGCGCGGACAGUUCCCGGUCAUCGGCGAGCUUCUCCCGGGCAGAGCCGCGUGCCACAGCGGGAAACUCGUCCAGGAGGACCUGCUGCUGGAAGUCAACGACACCCCGGUGGCUGGACUCACCACCAGGGAUGUCCACGCUGUGGUCAAACACAGCAAAGACCCCGUGCGCCUCAAGUGUGUCAAACAAGGAGGUGUGAUCGAUAAGGACCUCCGCCGGUACCUCAACCUGCGCUUCCAGAAAGGUUCAGUGGAUCACGAGCUGCAGCAGAUCAUCCGGGACAACCUGUACCUCCGGACCGUCCCCUGCACGACUCGGCAGCCCAGGGAGGGAGAAGUCCCAGGCGUGGAUUAUAAUUUUGUGACCGUCGACCGGUUUAUGGAAUUGGAGAAAAGCGGCGCUCUGCUGGAGAGUGGAACAUAUGAAGAGAACUUCUACGGCACCCCGAAGCCUCCAGCUGAGCCCAGCGCUCCGCUGCUAAAUGUAACAGACCAGCUGCUGCCGGGCGCCAGACCCAGCUCCGAGGGCAAGAGGAAGCGGAACAAGUCCGUCAGCAACAUGGAGAGAGCCGGCGUCGAGCCGCCCAGGGAGGAGGAGGACGAGGAGAAGCCCGCCGUCAACGGCAACGGCGUGGCCGUCACCCCAGAGUCAAGCGAGCACGAAGACAAGAGCACAGACGCUUCAGGGGACGUCGGACCUCAGAGUAAACCGGCAGAGGCCCCGGCAGAAGUAGCCCAGGAGGACGGCCAGUCCCCGAAGACGGUGAUCCCCAAACUGGAGGAGAACGACGAGCUAGGACCGCUGCCUGACAACUGGGAGAUGGCUUACACCGAGAAAGGAGAAGUUUACUUCAUCGACCACAACACGAAGACGACGUCGUGGCUCGACCCGAGGCUCGCCAAGAAGGCAAAGCCGCCGGAGGAAUGCAAAGAGGAUGAGCUUCCUUACGGCUGGGAGAAAAUCGAUGACCCCAUUUACGGCAGCUACUACGUCGAUCAUAUAAAUAGAAGAACCCAGUUUGAGAACCCGGUUCUGGAGGCGAAGAGAAGACUCCAGCAGCAGCAGCAGAUGCAAAGUCAGGGUCUGUCCUCACUGCCUCUUCCUGCUAUCUACAGAGCGGAGGAUGCCAGCCCCAGCGCCACCCUGCCCAGACGCCCUCGCGCGCAGGUCGGCCCGGCGCCCGAGCGCUGCCACAGCCUGGGCGACCUGUCCCGCUCCCCGACCACCGGUCGCCGGGUUCCCUCAUACGCCACCUCCUCUUCCGCCGAAGUGUCUCCGCUCCGGAGCGUUCUGACUCGGCGGAUGAACGCGUGCCCUCAUAGGCAGCGGCAUCCGCAGCCCCUUUACGCCUCCGCCUGCACCGUUCUGCUCGAGCAGCCCGUGUGCAGCCCCUAUUCCCUGUGGCACAUCGUCAAGAAGCCCCUGUUCACCCGAGACCCGACUCAGCUAAAAGGCAGCUUCCUGUCCAUGGCACUCCAAAAGAGCAACAUGGGGUUCGGCUUCACCAUCAUCGGCGGGGAUGAGCCUGAUGAGUUCCUCCAGGUCAAAAGCGUUAUUCCUGAUGGACCCGCCGCAGCCGAUGGCAAAAUGGCCACAGGGGACGUCAUCGUCUACAUUAACGACGUCUGCGUUCUGGGAACGACCCACGCUGACGUGGUGAAACUCUUCCAGUCGGUUCCCAUCGGUCAGAGCGUGACGCUCGUGUUGUGUCGCGGCUACCCUUUACCGUAUGACCCAGAGGACGCCUCCAACACCAACAACACCACCACCAUCAUCUCCCCGCUGGGCAUCAUGGAGCAGCGGCCCAUCAUGGUGAACGGCAGAACCAGCUACGAUAACUACCUGGACUACCUGACGCGUACGGCCCGCUUCGUCACGGACCCCGGUCAGGACCACGUCAACUCCCAGCAGCCGCCGCUUCUCACCGCUCACCCGGGCGACACCCACCUGGACGGCUCGCUCCCGGCCACCACCAGCACCACGCCGCCCGACAGCGUCUCCAUGGCGUCUUCUGGGGCAACCCAAGGGGAGCUGCUGACGGUGACGAUGGUGAAGGGCGUGGACGGGUUCGGCUUCACCAUCGCAGACAGUCUGACGGGUCAGCGCGUCAAGCAAGUCCUGGAGCCUCAGGGCUGCCCGGGUCUGUGCGAAGGUGACCUGAUCCUGGAGAUAAACAAGCAGGCAGUGGCCGGAUUCAACCACACGCAGGUGGUGGAGCUGCUGAAGGAGUGUGCAGUGGGGGCAGAGGCCAGCCUGGUGGUGCAGAGAGGGGCCACAGGUCACUAUUCACCCUGGAAGACUCCAAAACAGGUGCUGGAGCAGUGGGAGUUCCAGCAGGGCCAGAACAGCCCCGCUCAGACCAGCCGCUCUGCUCCCAUUGUCUCCCACAGCGCCCCCUUCCCAACACACCAUCUUCACAUGGCCUCGGUCCCGGUCUCGGCCUCCGAGGCCUUGGCACUGGUCAAACCUGACCCCUAUGACCUUUUUGAGAAGUCCAUGGCUAUCUAUGAGAGUAGGCAUCCUGUUCAACCAAGGACGGUUUUUCCUGUGGACUCUACCGGAGCAGAGUACCAGGACAUCGAGGUCCACCUGCGCAGACAGAAGUCUGGGUUUGGCUUUCGGGUGCUGGGCGGAGAUGAGGCCGGGCAGCCUGUGAGUGUGGAUGCACGUGAGAAGAUUCUUAUUGGAGCAAUCAUAGAGAAGAGUCCGGCGGAUCUCGACGGGCGAUUACGACCGGGAGACGAGCUGCUGUUCGUGGACGGGAUCCCAGUGGUGGGGAAGGCGCACAGAUACGUCAUCGACCUGAUGCACGCGGCGGGGCGCAACGGACAAGUCAGCCUGGUCAUCAGGAGGAGGACGCAGGCAGGAGGUGAGUCGUGUCCAGAAAACAGCCGCAGUCCGGGCUCCGCCUCCACGCAGCACAGCUCACCUCAUAGCGACUACAAAUACGCAAACAGCACCAGCCAGGCUCCCAACAGCGGCGCGGGCAACGCCUCCGCUACGUCAGACGGGACGUCUGCCGCCAACGCAAAGCCGAGCGACAUCACGAUCAGCAGGAAAGAGAGCGAAGGCUUCGGCUUCGUCAUCAUCAGCUCGCUCAACCGACCCGAAACGGCUGCAACCAACACUGUGCCCCAUAAAAUCGGCCGGAUCAUCGAGGGCAGCCCGGCCGACCGCAGCGGGAAGCUGAAGGUGGGAGACCGGAUCCUGGCGGUCAACAGCCAGUCCAUCGUCAGCAUGCCGCACGCCGACAUCGUCAAGCUGAUCAAGGACGCCGGCCUGAGUGUCACUCUGAGGAUCAUCCCACAGGAAGAGCUCAGCAACCCUCCGUCGGCGACGGCCUCAGAGAAGCAGAGCCCCAUGGCUCAACAGCACAGCCCAAAGGCCCAGCCCAACGCUGCAGCCUCCCAGUCCAACCCAGCGCCAGCAGAACCUCACCCCUCUGCUGCUCAGCCCAACCCAGCUCCCCAUCACAGCCCUGUGACCCAACUUCCUGUUCCUCCUCCUCAGUCCUACACCCACGACGGCAGUUACAGAUCUGAGGUGAAGGCCAGACAAGACGUAAAACCAGACAUUAGACAGCCUCCUUUCACGGAUUACCGGCAGCCACCAGUGGAUUACCGGCACCCUCCUGUGGCGGACUACAGGCAGCCGCCCACGCUAGACUACAGACAUCCACCGCUGCUGGACUACCGGCCGUUCGCCAUCCCAGACUACAGGAUGCCUCCGGUUCAGCUUUCGCAGGACUUCGACUAUUUCACAGUGGAGCUGGAAAAAAGUGUGAAGGGCUUCGGUUUCAGCAUCCGAGGAGGGCGGGAGUACAAGAUGGACCUGUUUGUCCUACGGCUGGCGGAGGACGGACCGGCCAUCCGCAACGGGAGGAUGAGGGUCGGGGACCAAAUCAUUGAGAUCAAUGGGGAGAGCACCAGAGACAUGACCCACGCCAGGGCCAUCGAGCUCAUCAAGGCCGGGGGCAGACGGGUCCGUCUCCUCCUGAAGAGGGGGACGGGCCAGGUCCCAGAGUACGACAACGCCACCCCUUGGGAUAGUCGCCCUUCAGCCUCCCCAAGCCUGUCGGAAGUAGGCCCUCCCACUGAUGGCCUCUCCAUGCCAACGCCUUCAUCUCAUUUGGCCCCGGCCCACGACCCUCCUCAUUUGCCUCCUGUAGACGCCGCCCGGGACGCCAGCGGGACGGAGCGUUCCAAGAGCCCCCAGAAAGCCGAGCUGCUGCUGAACAGAGACGCCAUGAGUCAGGGGAGGAGAAACGCCAAAAGAGACGGUGGCAGGUCCACCCAUAAGGGACACAGGCUGCAGCAGCACACUACUGACAGAGAUGGGGUCAAGGAGGGACAAGACGGGGAGUCCAAACCUUUGAGGAGCACCAGAGGACGGUCCAAGGAGAGGACUCACUCUCCCGGCGGCUCUAAGAUCCCACACACAAACGGGAACGGCAGGGAAAGCGCAGAACGAAGGGGCAAGAGCACCAGCAGCGCCACCGGAGCGAGGAGGAAGGCCACGGUCUCACCCGGUCCGUGGAAGAUCCCUGGAUCGGACAAGCUGCCCAGCACGCUGCACGCAGGCGCGUCCACGCUCGGCAGAUAACGCCGCCGCAGCAGCAGCUGCAGCGUCCACAUUCGUCCGGACUGAACCACCACCUCCACAUCCUCCGACAGACAAACAUGAAGCGGUGCGGGCUUAUCUGGACCAUGAGUUUUAAAACUUUUAUUUAUACUACUGUAUUUUAAAUUAUUCUGAAGCAUUAUGUUACACCCACCACCUUAAAAACUGGAAAGUCAUCCACUUUAAGAAGAAAGAGCAAUCAGUAGCAGAGCGAGAACUUUCUGAAACCUCUGAACUCCGGAGCUGAGCUGGACAGAAAGCAGGCUUGGAUUUUUUUAUAUAUAAAUAUAUUUACGGUUCAAAUUGUAGUCUAUUUUAUGAAGUGGAAUGUUGACAGGUGACCUAUUAUACUUCCUUGAACCAGUUAGGACAGGUUUAUGGUUUAUACAAAACAUGUUUAUUAAAUUUUUUGCACAAAAUCAUUCUUAAAAAAUGAGAAUCAGCUGUGUUGGGGUCUCUGCCACUUAAAGUCCAAUCCAUGACCCCAACUCAGCGUUUACACUUGCACAUGAAAAUGCCUGCAAACAGAUGCGCAAUUAUACAAAGGUAUGUCUUUGAAAAGCAGAAGCGGAGCCUCCUGCACAACCAACAAGAAUGCAGAAAGUGGUUUCUGCUUUGCAAGUCAACAGCAAAACAUUUGUCUUUUCCAGCCAAGUAGGUUUGUCUGCAGACGAAGCAGGCGUUUCCAAAGGAAGGCGUUUCUCCACUUCAUUGGACCAAAUUAACGUCAUUCAUUUUUUUCUUCUUAAAAUAUUGCUUUAAUCUAGUUUAGUUUCAUGAGCUUGAUGUUGUAACUUGGAGGUAUCUGAAGCAACCACCAAAUGUGAUUUUUUUUGUAAGUUUCUGAAAGAUUUCUGCUGCUGGAACUCUUUAGAAAAGUCUACUUCCAGUCUGCAGAUUAACCCCUCUCUUUUCCAGCAGCCAUUGUACAGCGCAUACAGCAGUAAAAUUAGCUGACCAAACGUGCUGGAACUCCACUUGGGUUGCUAGGUGACGUCGGAACUCUGCUGGGGUUGCUAAGUAACGGGCUUGGCUUCUCUGGGGUCAGUAGGUAAAACGUCUCAUUUUCCAUACCCUGAAAUACAUUAAUUUAUUGUCAAAAAAUGGCUUUUUUAAGCGUUUGGUCUGUCUUCAGAAGCAGUAAAAACCCAAAUAGAAGUAGAAAGUUAGUAAAAAAAAAUCCAAAGAAGUAUAAUGGGUCUCCUUUGUAAGAAGGUUUGUCUGCUUUUUAAGAAGUGAAUGAAGCAAAACGUGACAGCAGAGAUGAAAUCCACUCAUCAGCCGAGCUUUGCCUUAACAGAGAGCGCUCAAAACUAAUCUAUCACAUGAUGAAAGAGAUACUAUAUAAAAAAUAUUAAACAGUUUGUAAAUGAGACCAUCUUCAUAGUGAAGAAUCUUAUAAGAAAACCGAUGAGAGUUCAAGCAAAGCUUCUUGGGGUUUCCUCUGCGAUCGUCUGUUUCUGUUCUGUACGAUUGUCUCGUUUAUCCAUUUUUAAUCGUCAUUCUUGUGCUUAAGAAGAAAAAAACAAAAGAAAGCAAUGUGUGACGACGGUGUUCGUUCAAACGCUGAGAGAUGAAUGACGGUGACAGAGAAGCGUGCCUUAGACUGACUCAGAGUCUGGCUGCUAUAAAAACACCAACUUCACUGAAAUUUAUUAGAAACUGUAUUUUUAAAUGUGAUGUAUAAUGAAGUAUAUAAUUUAUUCCACAAGUAUAAUUAUGAACCCAUUUGUUGGGGUCUUUUGUUUGAGCAAAUGGUUCACUUUGGGUCAUCUCUGAUUUGCGAAUCAGAUCCAACACGAUUAUUUUCAAUAAAAAAAACCCACUUAGUCGUGUAAUCAAAUGUCAGCACCUUUUAACUCAAUUAGUAAGCCUGUUAGUGAAUUUGCUACAAGGCGUUAGGGCCCUUGAUUUGUAUUGGAUGUUACUGAGGCUUCAUGAUUGUGUUCUGUUGUUGCACUGUGUGAUGUGAGGAGACAAAUAUCUGUGCCAAAGCUCAUUUUAAGCUGACUUUUUCUUUUUAAGCUAUCAGUUCUGGUCAGUUGCUUACAUUGCUAAUGGGCAUGAAUUGUAGUAAUAUUACAAAUCCAUUACUGAUUUUAAAUGUUCAACAUUCAUGGAUUCGCCUUUUAUUAUAUUUUUUGUGUAAACCUUAAGUUUGCCUUUAGGUAUAUAUUUGUUGAUAAAUUUUCAAACUUGAUACUGGGUUAGAUUUAGGACCAAAAUUGCGACAUUUGUUACAUUUUCAGCUGCUUUGGACUGCUUUCACAUUGGAUUUAAAACAAAUCAUGCAGCGCCUCCACACCUGUGGGGGCGCUGCACCAAGAACCACCAAAGGAAAUUACACAAAAAUCUCAGAAGAAGACUUUUUUGGGGGGGUCAGAUUUUAGUGUUUGUAGUAUUUCACUUUUGUCUUCGGUAGAAGAUUACAAGCAAUUUCUCUUGCUAGCGCUAGAUACGCCUGUUUGUUUUGGUUUGUAUUUACCCAGAAUUCCCUGAUUUUGAAGCAGUUUCCAGUCCACUUGCACUCGAAACACACCAGGGUUCUCAAAGCUUAGUUUUUUAGGUGAACCAGCUUGUUUUUUGAUCCAUCUCAAUUUCUCAAUAAUUUCCCAUUAUGCAGAUCUUAAAUUUCACGCAGAAUGGUAUUAAAUAGUCUUCAAUUUGAGUUGGUGAAACCUGCACGAACCAUGUUUGUGCCCAUAAUGAGAGUAAGUAAAUUUACACACUUGAUAGUCCGGUAGACUCUGUUAAAUUUGGGACCCAAAUUGCAACACUUUUCAUUUUGCGCUGGUGCGAUUUGCUUUCACACUGCACUGUUUAUAACAAACCAAACCUUUUUUUAAAAACUGUUCCCCUCCUCACCUGUGGGGGCGCUGCACCAAGAACCACCAAAGGAAAUUACACAAGGCAAAACUUUAUUGCUUACAUAAAAAAAACAACAACAAAAAGAAAUGUAAACAAAAAUGGAGUGGGGUCAAAUUUUUGUGUUUGUAGCAUUUUACUGUUGUUUUUGGUAAAAGACUACAAGCUAUUUCUUUUGCUAGUGCUAGAGACCCACAUUUGUUUUGGUUUUAUUUACCCAGAAUGCCCAGGUUUAUAGUGCACUUCCUGAUUUUGAAGCUGUUGCCAGUCUGUUUUUAUCCACAUAUGUAUUCAAACCACACCAGAGUUCCUUCCAACCCAAUCAAAACCUAGAUUUUUAGGCAAACCAUGGUUCGCAUUUCUGCUCCACAACAGAGUUUCUCAAUAAUAUCCUGUGAUACAGAUCUUGAAUUUCAUUCAUAAAGUCUUCAAUUUGAGUUGGUUAAACAUGCAGAUAUCCUGUUUAUGCCCAUAGCAAGUGUAUGUAAACGUCUGACCAGUAGAGUAUUUGGACACAUGGGGCCAGUGAAUUGCAGAUAAAACUGUGUUAGCAAUAGAGGGUGGGAGGGACAUGCUCCAGAUAACCUGGGUCAGGAUCUAAUCUUAGACUGCCGCAACAAGAAGAGAGCAAGAAGUUCAUUCCUGCACACCUGCAGACUCCGGUGCCAAAACGAGCUCAGCAGUUUCUGUUUUAAUUCACGUUAAUAACAAAAAAAGAAGUUUGAGGACAAAGUUUCCAAAAGAAAAAAAUAGCAAAAAUCAUAUAUAUAUAUUUAAAAAGUAUAAUACCAAAACAAAAAAACUGCAUUAUUGAUUUAGAUUUUGCAAGUUAGUGUUAAGUAACUUGCGCAGCAGCAGUUUCAGGUCCCAUAACUGCGUAAAAAUAAAAAUUGGGGUGAAGUGAAAACUGAGGAUAAAACAGGAAAGUUCACGUCACCAGUUUGGCAGUUUUUAAGAUAUUUAGAAUAAAAAAACAUCUGAUCAAUGAUUAUCGAUAUUUGCUGAUAUGAAUUGCUUAUAUCGUCCAGCCAGCCCUAGUUCCUUUGUGUAUCUAAUGAGUGCAGCUAAUGUCAAGCAGAAGAAAAACACCAAACCUCUUUUUCUAUUUUACUUUUUAGGCUUUACUUCAUUGAUGUUUUGACAGUAAAUAACUCAAAGCAUAAAUCCACUUUUUAAGCAAAUUCGUUUUCUAUCAUCUGUGCCGAGAAAUCCAGCAUUAAAGUUUCCUUCCUCUGCUUGGCUAAAGGAAGCGCUCAGAGCUUUUAAAAGAGCAAAGGGAGACAAGGACUCAUUAUGUUUGCCGCUGUAAUCCGUAAUUACACAAGGACUAAGCUGACUGAUUGUAAAACAGAAUCCAGCACAGAGGAGGAGGAGGAGAAAAUCAUCAGCUCGGCUCUUCGGCCUGGACGUAAACAUUGUGCGGGAAUGUUUUUUCUCUCAUGAAAUCACAUGAGUUUGACACAGAAGCUGAAACUUUUGCACAAGUCGCUGCUUUCCUUCUCCGUGGAGCCAAACUGUGAGCAGAAGUCGGAGGAUGUUUCGUUUGAUGAUGCGUUUCCCCCACAGCACCCGAGCAGCUCUGUAUCACUGUGUGGUUUGUUAGCAGUGUGUAGACCCCGAACAAAUAGCUCUAUGUAGAAGAAGUGUAUCUAUUGAUGGUCACAGAGACUGUAACAAGUGAGCAACUAUUUUUAUUAAAAUGCAACACUAUGAAUAUAUUAACUUUUGCAAAAAAAAAACUUGUUUACUUGUAUCAUAUUCUGAGAUGCUGUCAAAAUAAAAUUCUUGACACACGAACAAUUCA